AUGACGAGCAUGGCGCUGGGUGAGGGCGGCUAUCGGAAGGCAAACGCCAUCAAUAUUCCGUCUUCCUUCAAUCUUUACCAUUGGGCUGAAACUGGCGUUGGUGAAGUCAUCGACCUUCCACUCCGCCUUGCGAGGUGCAUGCUCGUCAAUUGCGUUCAUCUGCACUCGCGAUCCAAAAUUAGCUACAUUGCACAUGCCAUUGCUCAAAAUAAGUCAAUCUGUUGUUUCUACCUAAGAUGCUGGGCCGGGGGUAUCAAUUUAUUCCUUAUUCCCCAUUCUAUGCCCUCAAUGCGUGUCGGUCCAUGA